CAAGGGUCCGUUGGUACAAACAAACGGGAUCCGUCUCUGUGUGAAGCCCUCCUUUAACCGAUGAUGUGCGCACUUGUUUCCUGAUCACUGAAUUGAAAGAACAGUCAUGAUAGAGAUGUGGUUGUGGUGGAUAAUAGAAACGUCUUUGUGAUUUUACCGCUUUAGCCUAGUAACCACAAAUAAGAGGCAAGAGGGUUGUGAAUUCGUGACGCAUAGCAACACGUUAUUCUUUUGAAUUUUUGUCUGCGGCAGUCAUUAAUCAACAUGGAACUGGCUCCUAGUUGUUAGAGUUACCUAAGUCGUUAUGGUCCUUCUUGUCCGAUCCCAGUGCCCGUUUUUCUACUUGACCUAAUAAAUCUCAACAUCAUUUAUUUUUUAUAUACACGUUCAUUUGUUAUUGUUUCCAUGCAGCUUCCUCUUCAUACUCCUCUUCUUGUUUAAUAACAUUAAGCUGAGCUUACAGGAGAUCAUCAGCAAAAAUGGGUGAGGAUGUCACGUCGUUGUACCAUCAGUGCAUUGCGCGCAAGAACGAUAUUGACCAUGAGCUCGAUUCAUUAACCGCCGGUCAACGCUUACCUAUUGCGAAGAGGCAGCGACUGCAGGGCCUUGAGCGAGAGUUCGGUACUCUAAAUUUUUGUGCUUGUGGAGUCUUUGAUUGUAUAAUACUCCUCUACUCAGAAAGAUGACUAUCUACGCGUCCUUAGCGUGCUUGCGGUUGGGCUUCGGCAGCAUCCAAUGAAUGUAUUUGAGUACUAUUUGGCAUGGGCACUCCUGGUAGUGGUACUUUGUGCUAGAAGACACUGCACUUGCUCAGUUAUUUUGAUAGAUGAAGUAGGACUGUCGAUAGUGUAAUAAUCAUUUCUUGUCUGCGUACACUAGCAUGUUCAACACAGGCGAUGCUUUUGCCACGUUUGAGCGGGAAAUAGAUGCUAAAGGUCAAAGUCUCCCUGGAGGCAAGGCAAAAUGGGACCGCUACCGACGGCAACUUGCAGACGACAAGACAAGCAUAAGAGCUAGCUUUUAUGACCAGCAUUGCUAUAUCUUGAAAAGGACUUAAACAGAAAUGUUUUUUUGGAAACAGUCAAAGGACGAGCAUCUUCAUCAACGAUGAGAUGUCGUUGAAAGAAUAGAAGGCGAGAAUGAUCAUUCGUGUUCUCGUGUUUCUCGAGUAUUGACUGCGAGUACACCAACGCAUCAAGACAGAGAGACUAGCUACCCGUAUUAGGAGUUCAUCACAACCGAAGAUUUAUUACCACUACGUAAGAAAGAAAAGCGUUUUUCGGCUAAUUUUCGCAGCCACACCAGAUCGAAGACGUAAGACAGCAAACAGCAGAUAGGGAAUCAUUACUAGGACAGCGAGAUGCGCGAACCCAGGAUGAUCGCGCCAAGUUGCUCACAGAGCGUUCACGCCUUAGAGACGUGGAUCGACAGCUCGACGAAAUGCUUGAAAUAGUACUUUCUUUUCCCCUGAAGAUUGAUCUUAAAUUUUGAUAUUAUUAAGAUUUUGUAGAAGUAAAUCUUCACUGUCAGACACAUUGACAUCUUCAUCAUGGGUCUUUGUUUUCGGCUAGGACUACAUACAAUACUUAGGACUUGGAUGAAGAAAACUACGUUGUGUGAGAAGUAUUUGAACAAGAUCGUCCCUAGCUGCACCUGCACGGUCGCUUUCGACAAACAUGACCACGACUAUCUUCACAGGGACAGGAGUCACGGCAAAAGCUGCAGGAGCAGAACGAGACUCUUCGGAAUGCGAAGAGCCGUAUGAUAAACGUAGUGGAGGCCAUUGGGCGAAGUACGGGUUUGGUGAAAAGAAUAGACAGGCGGCAUUGGGAAGAUAAAAUUCUGGUCUAUGCAGGGAUGUUCGCGUCCGUAACCCUGUUCUUUGGACUCUACAUUUACUUUAAAUGGUGGCGAAGCUGACACUCAUCUCUGGAAUCUGGUGCAGCAGGAUAGGUGUAUUCUUCAUCUUCACCUAGGACUAACUUGACCCUAACAUUGUUACCACCCAAGAAAACGCUCCCAGUUGCAUGUCCCCCUGAAUGCAUAGUUUUGAUGACUCGGCUGUCCCUGCAGCGGAAUUUCGAGACAGGCCUGCGGAAAUUGUCUGUUCCUCCACCAAUUGGGACGACUGUAGUGCUCUUUGUGUCCACACG